AGCCUCAAUACGACCUUUGAUCACUCCCUGAGUUUAUAUUGACUUUUGUCUGGAUUCGCAUGUGCUUUUAGUUUAGAGUUUGUGGUACUUUGGUUAUAAAGUCAGUCUCGAGUGACCGAGUCUCGUCCAUUGAAACUGAAGACAAUGGAGAGACUGAUAGUGGCGCUGCUUCUUCUCGGCUUUCUGCCGGCAGAAGUAUCUUCAGUUCAGGUGACGGUUCCACAGACACAAUACAGCACUACUCUUUUUGCCACCGUCACACUUCGCUGUGAAUAUUCCACUUCAGCUCCUCUUCAGAAUGUGCUGGUCACCUGGCGCUUCAAGUCCUUCUGCAAAGACCCUGUGCUGGACUACUAUUCAGCAGCCUACCAGGCCUCUCUGCAGAUGGGACAGGACCCUGCCAAUGACUGUCCAGAUGCCCAGCGCACCAUCCGAACUGUUGCUCAGAAAUAUGGCACCAGUGAGGCCACGCUGGGUCCAGAUUAUAGUCAGCGCAAAAUCACCAUCCAAAACAAGGCCGAUCUGGUGAUAACUGAGAUAAUGUGGUGGGACAACGGCGUGUACGUGUGCUCCAUUGACGCUCCGGGUGAUACAACUGGAUAUUCAAACCGAGAGAUCAAAGUCAUUGUCUACCACUGGCUGACCGUACUCUUCAUCGUCAUCGGCACUCUCCUCCUAAUCCUUCUCUUUUUUAUCUGCUGCUGCCAAUGCUGCCCUCAGUACUGCUGCUGCUAUGUCCGCUGCCCGUGCUGCCCACAAUCAUGCUGCUGCCCUGAAAAAACCGUGAUGCAGCACAGAAUGAUGAAGGAGAUGCAAAAUAACUGGGCCACUGGACAGCCGGUCUACGCCCCUCUGAGCUCUCACAGCUCUGCGUAUCAGAUGAAUCCCAUGCUGUAUGCAGGUUCGGCUUCAGGAAAGAUCCCCAUGACUCUUAUGCCCCCCAUGCCCCUACCACCACCUUCCCAUCAUGAGCACAUGCCUCUUGGCAUGCCUGGCCCCAUGCACAUCCCACAUGGCCCGAUUCCCGGUCCCAUGCCAGUCCAUUACCCUGUAGUGAUGCCUCCACCCAGCAUGCACGGCAAUGGCAACAUCCACAACGGCCCCAACAGAGUGCUGGACUACCUGGAAAACCAAAUGCGAGAAAUAGACGUCAACUCCCCCCUGAUCCCACCCCCGCCUGUUCACGUGCCUCGAAACGUGCCCUACACUGCCGGCCCUCCUAGCAUGCUUUCCGCUCUGAACGAUGUUCCCGGGCCUCGCCGGCACCACGCGUCAAACUCCAACAGCUCGUCCAGCUACGAUCGGCACAGGCAGCCGCCUUCAUCCAGACGAGGCAUGACACGCAGCUACAGCCAGGAGGACGUGCUGGAUAACCGGAGUCGGGCAUAUCGGGCUCGCUCUCGAUCUAGAGAUGACCUGGAGGACCCGAGAGAAUCCUGGGACUCGGCCAGCGUUACAAGCGGCAGAAGAGGAGGAGGAUAUAGAGGCAGGGCUCGGGGUGGAGCCAGAGGCGGUGACUGGUCUGACCACCCUCCCAGCUACACCGAGUUUGAGCCAGGACAGAAGCCGAGCAAACGACCUGAGCGCAUCUCUGUUAGGAGCUCACGGAGUGGUAACACUGUAGUAAUCUGAAGCCAAUCAAAGACCAAUAUCCAGAAAACCUGUAGACCAGCGGUAUGGACAGCGCUGAGCAAUGAAUAAUAGCUAAAGGUUUUUGUGUAGUUGUUUUUAAAUGAUUAUGAGCAUGCUCAAACACAACAUACUGCCCCAGUUCUGCCCAAGUCUCAAAUCCAGGUACUUUAGAUGAUGACCUUAGUUUUGUUGUUAAACUUUAGAAAUUGAAGGAUAUUUGAGGUCAAUGUCUUAUUUUUAAGUUUUGGUUUGCCUUUAUUUGUUAACCCAAAAAAAGAUAAAUAAAUAAGAGAACCAGUUGCAUUCAAGAUAGGCAAUAAAGAUAGGUGAAAAUAUCAUAUCAUACUCAAGACUUUGCUAACAGACUGCCAAGAAAACAGUAGUGCCACAUUUCGGAAAAGAAAAUCUCUAAAGCCAUAGCUCACAGCUUGUAACGGAUGCUGGAUUACAUUGUUUUUCAGUCACUCAUCUGCAUAGGUUUACUUGAAGGCUUACUCCCAUCCUACCUAGACACUGUUGUACUGGUGUCGGACCCUCUAACAUCAGAGCGUAAUCAUUUAUUUUUAUUAAAUAAUUUAAGGUUUGGCCGGGAGACCAAACUGACACGAUUGGAUGGGCGUGGGUGGUUUAGAAUGAGUCCUAUUGGCGCUGUGCUAUUAUGACCUCUGCUGUCUGGUUGAAGUGCCUGCACUAGUGUUGGGUUAUUCAUGGAAUCUCUGAAUAGCGGCUGCCAAGUAAAUCUAAAAUGUGAUGCAACGCAAUUAAAAGUAAAUGUACACAUAAGGGGGCUGGAGUAAAUAUCAUCACUGCACAGCAGCAGUGUUCAGUAAUCUCAUGUCCUACCUGCAUUAUGAUCUUCUGUUCUGAUAAAGCUUCUGAAAAAAGAUGUUCUAUCCAGUUUGUGCAGAAUGUUUCUGGUGUAGUUGCAUUACAGUGAGUUGAGACACUUUUUGAAUCCUAUUUCUUUUAAUUCACAAAAUGUAAAGACAGAUGUUUUAGAGAUGUAGGGAGUACAAUACAGCAUGGUUUAAUUUAGCGCAUGAUCAGAGCUGAGAGUUGAGUUGAGAGUGAGCAACUGUCAACUAAAAAAAAUCUAAAAGCAGAUAAAAAAAGAAUUAGGACUGAUGCUACUGAUGGCUAAUGUCUGCUGCAGACACGAUUGGUGAGAGGGCUAAAUGGAUUGAGAAACAAGGUCAUAAAAUCAUGUGGAUUAAGAAACCUUGUCAUUCUGUUGGUAAGCUAUUGUGUAAUGUGUCUUUACCAUGUGUGACCUGUACUUGUACAGUGUAUAUAAUUAAAGUAUUUGAUUGUGGUAGGUUUAUACCAAUCUUAAUUUCAAAAAAACAUUAGGCUAGUAUGUGAAAUGCCAAAAAAAACACUAAAAUGGUACACAAACAUUAAAUUUUUUAUUUUAUGAAUUUCAAAUUUACACUCCCCCUAAUACAGGGUGAGAGUACCCCACACUGUAAGGGGAGUUUGGUAGGUUUUCCAGGCGAGCAAAAUGCGCAUUACCACCACCAAACACGCCGACUUCAUAUAGCAGCGGGCGGCAUAGUGGAUCAGUGGGUGUCGCCUCACAGCAAGGUCCUGGGUUUGGUCCCCAGGUGGGGAGGUCCGGGUCCUUUCUGUUUGGAGUUAGCAUGUUCUCCCCAUGUCUGUGUGGGUUUCCUCCGGGAGCUACGGUUUCCUCCCACAGUCCAAAGACGUGCAAGUGAGGUGAAUUGGAGAUACAAAAUUGUCCAUGACUCUUUUUGAUAUAUAACCUUGUGAACUGAUGAACCUUGUGUAUCUAAUUGCCAGUUAAAAAGUUGAAAAUCUAAUGACUGCAACACAUGAUAGCAUGAUUUCAACUGUGCUGCAUCACCUCACUGGAAAAACAAUGCUGAAUCAUGAUUAUUUGGAAACUGAAACACCAGUUGAUUCCGAUUUGAUCAUUUGACAUUCAGCUAUUAUGCAAGUCUUCAACACAUGCAACAGCGCAGGCCUGUGUUGUCAUAUUUUGCUUUUUAUAAUAGCAACACAUUUUGAAUAGGAGACAGGUCUGAACUGCAGGCAAGCCAGACCAGCACUUGCAUACUCGACCAUGCUGUUAAAAGAUAGAACUGGGCUUGGUGUCGUCUUGUUGAAAUAAGCGCGACCAUCUCUAAAAAUAUGUCAUCCAAAAGGCUUUACAAACGACUGCUUUUGAUUGAUAUAUCAGCAUUUCACAUCCUGUCCUAAAGUUUUUGAAACUGUGGUUUGUAUAUAAAGGAAAACCUGAGUUUUAAAGCUGUUUAGUUUACGUUACUUUGUUUCUUGUGUAUACGUGUAAAUAUUUAUUCUUAAACAUUUUGCGACUGUACAGACUAAAACCUAAUGGGAAUAUGAGUAUAUUAAGUUUUUUAAAUAGUUUUUAAUGAAAGUUGAAGUGUUUUUUCCCAAAAGCUGUAACCUCUGAUGAAGUUUAAUGGGUAAAUGCUCAGGUAUCUGUUCUUUAGUUACAUUUGUUAGUUUUUCAUACAUAUUUGUGCAUGAUAAUUGUGCAUUAUAUGAACUGAAGAAAAAAAUGUAAAAAAAGACGUUGUUUAAAUAGAACAUUCUUAACAGAAGAGUGUAUCAUUACGUGGUGGAGGUGGGUGUGAAUCCCUUUCAUAAAACAUUUUUAAUAAAAAUUAUAUGUUGCAUAAA